AUGGAUAUUGGCAUGGAAGCUGAAAUGAUCCCGUCCACGUUGGCGGAUGAUUCGCGACACGCCUACUUUAUGAAACAGGCCCUUUUGAUGGGUGAAAAGGCACUAGAAAGUGGUGAAACCCCAGUGGGAUGUGUCCUUGUCCACAACGACCAGAUCGUGGGAUAUGGAAUGAAUGAUACCAACCGAUCCAUGAAUGGGACACGACACGCUGAGUUCCUCGCCAUUGCGGAGGUGCUCCAGACGUACUCCAAGUCUGUUCUACAGUCUACGGAUCUCUAUGUGACAGUGGAACCCUGCGUCAUGUGUGCUUCAGCCCUGAAGCAAUAUCGAAUCCGAAGCGUGUACUACGGCUGUACCAAUGAUCGAUUUGGAGGUACGGGGGGCGUUUUAUCGCUUCAUUCAGAUCCUUCUAUCGACCCGGCCUACCCAGUCUACGGUGGUCUAUUCCAAAAAGAGGCUAUCAUGUUACUUCGGCGCUUCUAUAUUCAAGAGAACGAGAAAGCGCCCAAUCCUCGACCGAAGAAGAAUCGCGAGCUGAAUACGAAAUUCGAGGACGGGAGUGCUACCCCCUCAACAUCAUAG